AAUUAUAAACAAACCUGUCUGAUCCGACCCGACCAGAAAUGACCCGAAUCGACCAGAACAUUGUAAUUAAAACCUGUAUGUGUGUUUUGCUUUCUCUGUUUCUCUCGCUCGCGUAGAAGCUGAAAAUGGCGGUUCAAUCAAGUCAGAGUGCGUAUUUUGGGAUCAGAACAGCUUCACCUUCUCAGAAACUCUCUUCGAAACCUGUAGCUCAUAUCUCUCUGUCGACGAAGCUCAAACCCUCUUUUCUACCGUCGAUUUCGUGCUCUACUUUUAACCCUGGUCAAAUUCCGGCGAAACUCGCCGGUAUCAGUUCCGGAAUAUUCGUUUCUCCUUCCGAUUCCACAUUCUCUUAUGAACCACCAGAAUCUGAAUCUCCUUCACUUGAAAAGAAGAAGAUGCGUGUGCUAGUGAAGCCACUGGAGAAACCAAAGGUGGUGCUAAAGUUUGUGUGGAUGCAAAAGGACAUAGGAGUUGCAUUAGACCAUAUAAUUCCAGGAUUUGGAACAAUCCCGCUUAGUCCAUACUACUUCUGGCCUAGGAAAGAUGCUUGGGAAGAGCUUAAAGCUUUGUUAGAGAGCAAGCAUUGGAUCUCUGAGCUACAUCGUGUCUUCCUCCUUAACCAAGCUACAGACAUCAUCAAUCUAUGGCAAUCAAGCGGUGGGGAUUUCUCUUGAUUGGAUUCACAUUUGUGGAUGGAAAAGCAAUUCAUCCGAAGCUGUUUUAUCAUCAUAGGUAUUAUUAUUAAUGGUCGCAACUUUUCCAAAGUCUAAAGCUUUUUUAUUGUCUAGUGUAGUAGUCCCUUUGUGCUGCCUAAUUCUGUUGAAACUGAUCAUUCAAACACAAAAAAAAAGCUCGUGUCUUGGUGGCUUUUAUGUUCAAGAGUGUAUCAUUGUAUAUGCAAAUGGGUCGUGUUUGUGUCAUUUCGUGUGUGUUUUCAAUACCAUUGCAAUCCUAAUCAUUUAUGGUCAAUGGAUUCACUGUAGAGAAGCUAGAAAAGUAAAAGUUUUUGAGGUUUCUGGAACAUUAAAAAUGACGAAAUCUCUCUUAUAUUAUUUUUUCAUACAUAAGGAUACUGAGAGUUUCUCUUAUUCGGAAAAUGCAGAAUCAGAACCAAAAAAGAAAAGAAAAAAAAAAAAAAAAA